UUUUCGAUGUUUGGGCAUUGUUCGAAUACGGCUCGAAGCACGCGGACGCUUAGCAGCGUAUAUUAACGGAAACGUUUAUAAUAUUACUAACGGUUUUUACAUAUUUCUAAUUUCUUUUUUUUUUUUUUUUGAUAAGCCGUCCUUCAAGUGAAUUGUGUUGUUCGAUGUUUCGAAUGUUGUUGUGUGUCUUUAGAAUGUGUCACAAGGAACUGAACGACUCUUAAGGACACUAAUUUACUGUAACAUCCGUUGGUCUAGACAAAUACAAGUGCCGUGCAAUAAAGAAUAUAAUUCCAAUGUAUUUCUAUUAUAUUGAAUUUCCGAGUAAAUACCACAGCUUUAUAUUCCAAAAUAUAAUAUAAAAGGAUUCAGUUUGCAUCAAUUUGCGCUCAAUUUAAAAAAAUACCAUCGCCAUCAAAAUGACGAAUCAAUCAGAAUUAGUAAAAUUACAAAACGGCAAUACAACACAUCAAGUUUUAAUUGUCAAAGGACUUGAUAAAACGAAACCACCGAAACCCUUGGGGGAACGCAAAAAGGCAGUUUUACGUCAGGAACUUAUGGUACUACUUGGUAAUACAUGCGUUGUGGCCUCUGGUAUGUCUGUGGCAUUACCCUCUGUGUCUCUUGCUCAACUAACAGAUCCAAAUGAUAUUUACAACCUGAAUACAGAAGAGAGUAGUUGGUUUGCUUCCAUCAAUAGCAUGGCAUGUCCGCUUGGCGGUUUGCUUGUGGGUUAUCUAAUGGACCGCAUCGGUCGUCGAAAUACAAUGCUGUGUACGAACUGCGUUGGAAUCGUCGGUCUACUGCUGCUGGUGACGGCGCCAUCCCACAGCACACGCGACGCCAUUUACAUACAGUUGCUCGUGGGACGAUUUCUGUGUGGGUUAAUGAUUGGUUUAUCGCUCUCGCCAAUUGGUUCCUAUUCGGCUGAAAUCAGUUUACCACGCAUACGGGGACGUCUGAUUAUGGGCACAUCGAUAGCUAUCGCCUGCGGUAUUCUUUUCAUGUAUUUGCUGGGCUAUUUUAUACGUAACAACUUUAAAUUAAUCUCAAUUAUAUCCGUCGUUUAUCAAUGUUUUGCCUUCUGUUGCUGUCUGCCAAUGCCCGAAUCUCCCAGUUGGCUGCUACAGAAAGGGUAUGAGGAACGUGCACGCAAAUCGCUCAAAUAUUUUCGUGGACUCUCUAAAAAUGACAAUAAUAUUUACGAGGAAUUUGAAACAGAAUUAGCGCUCAUCAAAAAGAAUUCCGAUCUCAGUCGCUCAGCCGCGGCCAAUGAGUCGCUUUUACAAGCCAUUCGCGCACCUGAAGUGUACAAACCGCUCAUCAUGAUGAUUGGCUUAUUCUUCUUUCAGCAGUGCUCCGGCAUCGUGGUAGUUAUUGUAUUUGCAGCACAGAUCGCUACACGUGCGGGUGUUUCCGCCGAUCCCUUGCUCGUGGCUGUGUUUGUUGGCGUGGCGCGUAUAGUAACCACAUUCUUCAUGGGAGCGAUCUUCGAAAAGUGGGGCCGUCGUCCGGCGGGGAUUGUCUCAGCGGCGGGUAUGACCGUUUGUAUGUUGAUACUUGCCGCUAAUGGCUGGUGGCCUGCGAUAGGUCAGCAUGUGCCUCUAUUACCCGUCGUGGCCAUUGUGUUGCACAUAAUCUUCUCCACAAUGGGUUUGCUAACUCUGCCGUUCUUCAUGAUCUCAGAAGUGUUUCCCCAACGCGUAAGAGGUAGCGCGAACGGAUUCACACUCUGCAUUGGACUUUUGUUUUCAUUUAGUGUUGUAAAACUAUAUCCCACCAUGGAAACCUUAAUAGGGACUGCAAAUAGUUUUGCUUUCUUCGGUGCGAUUUCGCUGUUGGGUGUGGCGUUCAUUUACUUCAUUGUACCUGAGACGAAGGGUCGCUCGCUGCUCGAGAUUGAGAAUUAUUUCCGCACUGGACGGAAAGUGAGCAAUGCGGAGGUGGCGCGGCGACAAUCGCAAAUAGCUAUGGAGGAGGCGGCCGGAAUUUACCGCUCUGAUCUAGAAUUAAAUGAAGUAUUUUUAAAAUUAAGUAAAGUAGAUGAUGAACUUGGUAAAACUGUGAAUGGAAAAGAAUGAAGAAAGGUAAAAAAAGAAACGAAAUUCCGCCAAAGGAUUUUUGUGCGACUUUUGAAGAUGGUUUUUUAGGUAAUAAUUUUUAUAAUAAUAAUUGUACUUAAAGUAGAUUUGUAUUAACUAUUAGACUGUGAUGUAUGUAUGUAAGGUCUGGAAGAAAUGCAGAUGUUUUCCAAUGAACAAUCUUUGUUGAGGAAAAUGUGCAAGAAUUAAGUUGCUACUUGACAUUUUAAAUGGAUAAAUAAAAGCAAAUGUUUGUUUACAAGU